ACUUUUUUUGUUUUCAUAUAAAUGUACAAAAUCCCUCAAAAAACAAGAACACAAAGAUAGAAGAACCAUAAUUUUCAAGAAAUUUACAAAAACCUCAAUAAAAACUCAAGAUAAAAGAACAAAAAUUUCUGUAUAAUUUUUUUUUUUUUUUUUUGUUAUCAUAUAAAAAUACAAAAUCCUCAAUCAUACAGAAAAGUAAAAGAUUGUGGUGUCACUUUGUUUUGAUUUGAUUUUUUUAGGGGAUAAAGAAGAUCCAAUUUUUCUACUUUGGAAUUUCCUUUUUUUUAUCCUCUUUUCAAUCUCCCAACUUUUUACUGUCACUUUUUCGUUCUUAAAUUAAAAUUCCUUAAAAAAUUAAUUUGAACUUUUGAUUUGAUGGGGACGAUUGAGGAGUCUGUUGAUUCUCUAUUUGGAGGAAGCAUUUCGAAUGGGAUAAAUUUUUAUGAUGAUUCUUCUUCUCCUAAGUGUGAAAAGCUCAUCAUUGAUACUGAUCCUGGAAUUGAUGAUAGCAUGGCCAUCUUGAUGGCCUUUCAAACUCAAGAGGUGGAUGUCAUUGGGUUGACUACAAUAUUUGGAAAUGUCAUGACAGAGGAUGCAACUCGGAAUGCUUUACUCUUGUGUGAGAUCGCAGGUCGUCCUGAUGUUCCCGUUGCAGAGGGCAGUCCAGGGCCUCUGAAGGGUGGCAUGCCGCGUGUUGCUGAUUUCGUUCAUGGUGCUGAUGGAUUGGGCAAUAUAGAUUUAUUACCUCCCAAGGCAAAAAAGAUUGAAAAAAGUGCUGCACGGUUUUUGGUGGAUAAGGUUUCUGAACACCCGGGUGAAGUAUAUGUACUUGCUCUAGGGCCAUUAACAAACUUAGCUCUGGCAAUCAAAAGUGAUUCCUCCUUUGCUAGCAAAGUGAAAAGAAUUGUGAUUCUUGGUGGCGCUUUUUUUGCUCUUGGAAAUGUUAAUCCUGCUGCUGAAGCAAAUAUUUAUGGGGACCCUGAGGCAGCUGAUGUAGUUUUUACUUCAGGGGCAAAUAUAACAGUUGUUGGCAUUAACAUCACAACUCAAGUCAAAUUAACAGACAUUGAUCUUCAUGGGCUAAGGGAAUCAAAAGGAAGACAUACUCGACUAGUCACUGACAUGUGCAAAUUUUACAGAGAUUGGCAUGUGAAGUCAGACGGUGUACAUGGUAUAUUCCUUCAUGAUCCUGUAAGCUUUGUAGCUGUCGUGAGACCUGAUCUUUUUACAUACAAAAAAGGGGUUGUAAGGGUUGAGACACAGGGCAUCUGCACGGGGCAUACGCUAAUGGAUCAAGGGCUUAAAAAGUGGAAUACAGAAAAUCCAUGGACAGGAUACUCACCUAUUUCAGUGGCAUGGACAGUUAACGUCGAAGAGGUCUUAAUGUAUAUAAAGAACCAAUUGAUGCAAUCUUGAUGAACAUGGGAUGUUUAGAACUGCUAUUUUAAACUACAACCCAGAGUUUGUCUUGUUAAUAUUGUAACUCUCUUUGUUAACCCAUAUUCAGGUUUCUGAGGGAAGAUUGAUUUCUGCCCACAAUUGCCUAUUCAAACAUGUUUAUCUUCUGUAGUAAUCAGUUUCUUGCCUCUUGAAAUAUUUUCUUCUUUCCCCCAAUAUUGUUAUUAAAGGCUACAUGGUUAAGGGACAUUCAAUAUAUUUAUGAUGUUAAAGGACUUUGAACUAGUAUUAGCUUAGUCAACUUAUUAAUGUAUCACUAAUUGCACUGUAAAUGUAAAAUAUAAUUUUUACUCUUGUUUCAA